ACGAGGGAGCCAGAGCGGAUGCCGGACGGAUAAAAGCAGCGGGUGAGACACGCUCAUAUCCACCUGUUGCAUCUGUUGUGAGCGAUGGCUUCCUAAACUAGCUCCCUGUAAGGCGACAGGAGGAGGCAGAGGAGCAGGUUUGUGUGAGAAUCCUCAGGUGUCAUUGAAGUCAUCAUAAACUGGGAGUCAGAAUGGAGAGAGCAAGCUCACGUUUAGACGAAUUUCACAGGAGGUAGAUCCAUCUGAACCACUAUCGUAGUGGCUUAAGUUGAAUCUUUUGGCAAUACUUGCUCUUAUCCUCCUACUUUUGAAGCACCGCACCACGAAAUGUCCUCUCCAGAUGUCCUCCUGCUACCUCAUCACUCACUGGCUUUCAUCAGCUCCCCAUAUAAAGGGCAGGGCAUGACAGAACUAAGAAGUCUUCGCCGCACAUGAAAGCCUCCUGCAGCUGAGAGACGCGGCGCCUUGCUCACCACUGUAGUGCGGCAGCUUCACGCCAGACAGCAGGAGCUUGGUCCAUGGAUCGAGGCGAGCUUAGGAGCGACGUGCACGGAAACGAUGGCGGCCUGGCGGCUCAUGCCGGCGGAGCGCUGGAGAACGCAAGGAAAUCGCUGAGUAGCUUCACAUCUACGUCAACACAAGACGAGCUGAGUUCCAAAAUCCUCAUUGGGGACGUGAUGUUCCGCAGCAGGUUACUGAUGAUACCGCAUGAACGCGUGGAUCGCACCGAUGCCAAAAGUCAGAUGAUGAAGAUACUGACGGAGGCCGAAGCGGCUGCAAAUUCUGCUGCCAUCCAGCUGGUGUCCUUCAAAGACGAGCUGGAGGACAAAGUUGCAGGCAAGAGAGCGUCCGCGGCCGACCGUCAGCUCCUCACCCGCCAGAGAGGACUUCUGCUGGAGAGGCUGGACGACUUCAGAAGAAUCAACAAGACCGUGAGGCAGAAGCUGAAGCAGCUGCAACAUGCAGAGUCCUGUCGGGUGGAGGCCGACCGUCAGAUUGAUGAGCUCAUGAGGAGAAUCACGCUGGCGGAAAAGGAAAACGAGCUCCUGAAGUCCAACUUGAUUGAAACUGAAAGAAGAGUGGAGGAACUGACGGGUCUGCGACAGGAGGAGCAGGAGAACAUGAAGAUGGUGGUCCACAAGGCCAGGUCAGUGGAGGCCACGCAGUCUCACCUUCAGACGCAGGUCUGGAACAAGGAAGCUGAGAAGGAUGGUCUGACUCUGCAGCUGCAGACGCUGAAGAGAACCGUGGCGGAGCAGAAGACGGAGAUGGAUCAUCUGAAUGGGGUGAUCAGGACUCUGAAGGAGAAAGCCCAGCUGGACAGAGAGAUUCUGAAGAGAGCCAACCGGGCCCAGAGGCUGAGAGCGGAGAGAUUUGAAGCGGCUAUUCAGAAAUGCUCCGCUCAACUGAAGAAAAAGGACGUGCAGCUGGCCAGCGUGUGCUCAGAGAGGGACAGCAGGAGGAGGCUGAAGGAGCAGACCACCUUGGAGAAGGAGCAGGUCGUGGCUCAGGUCGCUGUCCUGAAAAGAGAAGUGGCAGCGCUGACGUCCAGGCUGCAGUGGGAGAAGGACGAGAUGAGCGCGGCCAGCGCUCUGGUGAUGCAGCGGGUGGAGACGCUCAUGGCUGAAAACCAUCAGCUCAGCGUGGAUAAGGCCACUCUGAAGACGUGCGUGUCGGAGCUGGAGCAGCAGCUGACCGACUGUGAGGCGGCUCUGAUCCGAGAGAAGGUCCAGUCUCAGGAGAGGAAAGAGCAGUCGGAACAGCGUCGCCUGCAGGUGACUGAGCUGGAAGCUGAGGUGAGCCACCUGAGGGGGAAGUAUUCCGACCUCCUGGAGCAGACGUCUGCAGCUCGAGAGGGGAAGGAGAGGAGAGUCGACAAGGUGAGGCAGGAGCUCCAGAGGAUCAGUGGCGUGAAGCAGGAGCUCUGCCAGUGUCGCCAGAACCUCCGGCGCGAACAGAGCAAGAGCGCCAACCUGGGCGAGGCCGUUCGGCUGGCGCGGGUCCAGAUGGCCAGUCAAACCAGGCUGCUGAUGUCAUCAGAGGAGAUGAGUGUCUCCAUUCAGGAGGCUAAUGCUAAGCUACGAGACCAAGUCUACGCUCUGCACAGGAGAAUGGAGCUGCUGUGCCAGGAGAAGUGUGAGCUGGAGAGGAGCCUCAGAGCUCAGGAGGAAGCGCAGAGCCACAGCACCAAGCAGCUGGACGAGAGAGCCGCCACCUGCCAGUCUCUCAGCCGCCAGCUGGAGGCGGCGCUGCUAGACGUGAAGCACCAGGUGGACGCGGUGAGCCAGCAGGCGGCCGCCAGAGAGGAGGUGCUGCAGGUCAGGAUCCUGGAGCUGGAGGCGGAGAAGAGCACGCAGGAGAACCAGCUGAGACUCCUGCAGCAGAGCAAGUCCACCGCGGAGAAGCGCUUCCAGCUGCGGGUGAAGAACCUGCAGCUCAGCCUGGAGCGGGCAGAGAGCCACAAGCAGAGCAUCCAGAACUUUGUGGACUUGCUCAAGAACUCCUUCCACACCAUGUCCGCGGAGGGAACGUGACGUCACCCGGCUGCUGUUUUCCUGUCUGGAUCAGGACCAUGGAAAACUCUUCCAUGUGAUGAGGAAUAAAGGCCUGUGUUCAACCACAAACAGCUGCAGGCUGCAGCUCUCUACCAUCACUACUGCUGCUGCUACUGCUUACUAAUACUGCUACGAUUAUUACUACAUUGUUACAUGGUGAAAUGAAUGGAUGAAGGAAGCAUUACUGUAGGGCACCAUGGGUCAGUGAGGAUGAAUGAACCGAACACUUUUAUACGCUACAGGUGGAAACAGCACCAUCUAGCGAUCAAUGCUAAAGCGACACGGAGGAAGCGGUAAAUAAUAAGUUCGUUUCUCGAGUGUAAAAUGAACGAAACCACGGAAAUGCUUUUAACGUCCCGUGCAGAUCAAAAAGUCAAACUGAGUGCACGCGGACAAAAUCAUUUGACAAGGCGAAAAGUGACCGAAAGUCGUGACGUCACCAGGCAGAAUCAGGAAGUCCGGGUUUAUUUCUCUUCUCGUAAAAACUGAAACUGCAAUGGUUCCUCGUACUUUCCACUCCAACUAGGCGAAAAAUCCAACCGGUGGACGGGCUCUGCUUGAGUUCGAAUGUAGCGCUCGUGCUUUCCUCCUUCACAACGGACUCGUGAGCGUGUUUUGUGGGGCACACCUGCUUUAUCAGUUCCCCACUGAGAU